UAUACCUGUGCACUGCCAGCAAAUGCCAGUGUAAUUGCUAUACUGAGGUUGCUGAAGAAGCAGAACGCUACAGACAAUGCUACUAAGAAGCCCCAAGAAAUGAAAUUCCAGCUAGCAUCUAUUCUGAAAACAGAAUAAACCCAUCGAUCUUACAAUGAGCUGGACAGACACCUUUGUAAAGUAUAGAGAUUGGGCAGGCAUUCUGGUGCUAUCCGUCAUGAUUUGCUGGCUCAUCAGAGACAGACUGAAAGAAAAAAACCUGAGUGGGAAGUAUGUCUUCAUAACUGGAUGUGACAGUGGCUUUGGCUGUGCUUUGGCUAAACACCUUGAUAGUAAUGGGUUCCACAUCAUUGCUGCUUGUCUCUCAGAGAAGGGAUGUCGGGAGCUGAUGGCCAACACCUCUCAGUCCUUGAAAACAGUAAUACUCAAUCUGACUGACCCUUCCAGUAUUGAUGAGGCAGUGAAGUUUGUGAGAGAGGAAACUGGGGCUAUAGGACUGUAUGGUUUAGUCAAUAAUGCUGGGAGAUCCAUGCCCAUGGCCCCCACUGACUGGAUGCAGCUGGAAGAUUUCCACGCCACUUUGGAUGUCAAUCUAAUGGGUCUUAUUGGGGUCACUUUGAAGCUCCUCCCACUUCUGAAAAAAUCUAGAGGAAGAAUAGUUAAUGUGUCAAGUGUUUUGGGCCGAUUGGCAUGCAUUGGCGGUGGCUACUGUGUGUCAAAGUGCGGAGUGGAGGCAUUCUCUGAUAGUCUGCGGAGAGACAUGUAUCAUUUUGGAGUACAGGUGAGCAUUAUCGAGCCAGGAUUCUUUAAGACUGGAGUAACUCAUUUAGAAUCCAUUGAGAGAGAAUUGUUCAGGCUGUGGAACCAACUGACUCCAGAAGUCAGAGAUUCAUAUGGGGAGAAAUACUUCAUUAAGUCAGAUUUAAGGAUGCAAAGAUUAUUGAUGAACAGGCUUUGCGAUGCUGAUCUUUCAAAGGUCACACGAUGUAUGGAGCAUGCCUUGACCGCAAAGUAUCCAAGGACACGGUAUGGAGUUGGAUGGGAUGCAAAGCUUUUGUGGCUUCCACUUUCCUAUGUCCCCACAUUUCUGUCAGAUAUGAUACUGAGAAUGCUUUUUCCAUUGCCAAGAGAUGGGAGGAACCCAGCAUCCAGGUUUCAAAUUGAUGUUUGACCCACAGUCUACCAGUGUUUUGAAGCAGAUGAAUGUUCAUAUGAUAUUAUCCAAAUCCUAUUUAUACCCUGUUACUCCAAUUCUCUGAUGGCAACAUAGGAGAGAAGCCUGUUUGGUCGUCACAUAAGUGGAUGUAUGCUGGCAAGGAGUGAACCAGCCAUGGGUGCUGUGACCACAAAAGCAAUAAGUCAAGGCAUUGGCACCAUAAGCUGCUCAAAGGACUUGACAUUUUCUCUUUCUUUUCUCACCCACACAAUCCUGUGACAAAGUGCAAGUAUUGGCAUUCAACCCCUAAAUUUCCUCACAUGGGAUAAUGUGCAUAUCUUGUAAACCAGUGCUGGGAAACCUUUUGGAUGGCUCUCACAAUCCUUCACUACUGACUGCUAACCUGGGGUUGUGGGCAUUAAAGUCUAAACUAUCAGGAGGAUCAAAA